AUUUCAGUUUUUAAUAAAAUAUCAUCGAAUGAUUUAUAAGGUCCAUGGCUGGUACGCUUCGAUAUUAAUGUUGCAGCAUAUGAAGCCGACAUGAAUCUAUAUUUAAAUAACAUAAACAAUCAGAAGCGUACAAUGUGUGAAUCUUAAAUGAACUACUGUAUAACCAUGACAUAUAUACUACUCAAGUUACCAAUCUUAUAUCUUAUACUUCUAUAUCUAACGACGAAAUUCAAAAUGCUUGCUUAUACUACUCCGAAUGUUAAAACCACAUAUUGAAACUUCCAGUUUUUUAAAAUACAAUUUUUAUUUAAGUAGUUUUUUAAUGUGAAAGUAUAUUUUAUUUGGAUCGAAAUGCCGGGUAACUCUUUAGGGCGUAGAUCAUCUACGAAUCCCGUAAGGAUAUCUUCGUUUGAUAGGGAAGAUAAAAGUUUCAUGAGGACAGAAUCGAGAAAAACACAAACAUUAAAACCAAAGAUUUUCUCAAAUGAAAAUUCUCAUAUACCAAGGCCUCGAAUGCGAGCUUCUUCGUGUGAUAGAAUAAGCAUUAGAGGAUCAGUAUUAAAAACAACAGAUGUUUAUUACUAUUUUUAUAGCUAAAACUCCACUUCGUCAAGUACCGACAACUCCAAAGACACC